UUUUGAAAAGUCUCCUGCCGGUGGGUCAGUACUGUGUCUUGGUCGGACUGCGGAACUGCCACCAUGGCCCGAUUACUGGAUAUGAAAGAGUUUGGAGAAGCUGCAAACUACCUCCGCAAAACAGACCUGGAGCUUUUGGCUGUACAGACCGUGGCGUUCGACGGUAAGAAGAGAGCGUGGGUGCCCGAUGAGAAGGAGGCGUACAUCGAGAUUGAGAUCAAGGAAAUUAGCGGUGAUAAAGUCAUCGUCGAAACUAAGGAUGGAAGGACCCUGACAGUAAAGGAGAACGACAUUCAGCAGAUGAACCCCCCAAAGUUUGACAUGAUCGAGGACAUGGCCAUGCUGACGCACCUCAAUGAGGCGUCCGUGCUCUUCAACCUGCGUCGUCGCUAUAGCAACUGGAUGAUAUACACCUACUCUGGGCUGUUUUGUGUGACGGUGAACCCUUAUAAGUGGCUGCCGGUCUACACUGCUCCUGUGGUUGCUGCUUACAAGGGAAAGCGCCGUUCUGAGGCUCCUCCCCACAUCUACUCCAUUGCUGACAAUGCCUACAAUGACAUGUUGCGCAAUCGAGAGAACCAAUCAAUGCUGAUCACCGGAGAAUCCGGUGCUGGCAAAACUGUAAACACGAAACGUGUAAUUCAGUAUUUUGCCAUUGUAGCUGCCCUGGGUGAAGCAGUCACCAAAAAAGGAGGGCCUGCCACUAAAACAGGGGGCACACUUGAGGACCAGAUCAUCGAGGCCAACCCGGCCAUGGAGGCUUUUGGCAAUGCCAAAACUGUGAGGAAUGACAACUCCUCCCGAUUUGGCAAGUUCAUCCGAAUUCACUUCGGUCCCUCAGGGAAACUGGCCUCUGCUGAUAUUGACAUCUAUCUUCUGGAAAAAUCCAGAGUGAUAUUUCAGCAGCCCGGAGAGCGCAGUUACCACAUCUACUACCAGAUCAUGUCCCAGAAGAAGCCAGAGCUUCUUGACAUGCUGCUGGUCUCCACCAACCCCUAUGACUACCACUUCUGCUCGCAGGGAGUGACCACAGUGGAAAACCUGGAUGACGGACAGGAGCUGCUGGCCACAGAUAAUGCUAUGGACAUCCUGGGCUUCAGUGCUGAAGAGAAGUAUGGCUGCUAUAAAAUAGUGGGUGCCAUAAUGCACUUCGGCAACAUGAAGUUCAAGCAGAAGCAGAGAGAGGAGCAAGCCGAGGCUGACGGCACUGAAAGUGCGGACAAGGCCUCCUACCUGAUGGGGGUCAGUUCAGCUGACCUCAUCAAGGGACUCCUGCACCCCCGGGUCAAGGUGGGAAAUGAGUAUGUCGUCAAGGGACAGAAUGUCGAACAGGUGAACUAUGCGGUGGGUGCUCUGGCCAAAGCCACCUACGACCGCAUGUUCAAGUGGCUGGUUGGGCGAAUCAACAAGACCCUGUAUACCUCCCUGCCACGCCAGUUCUUCAUUGGUGUCCUGGACAUUGCAGGCUUUGAGAUCUUCGAUCUCAACAGCUUCGAGCAGCUCUGCAUCAACUUCACCAAUGAGAAACUGCAACAGUUCUUCAACCACCACAUGUUCAUAUUGGAGCAGGAGGAGUACAAGAGGGAAGGCAUUGAGUGGACCUUCAUUGACUUCGGUCUGGACCUGCAGGCCUGCAUUGAUCUUAUCGAGAAGCCCCUGGGGAUCAUGUCUAUCCUUGAAGAGGAGUGCAUGUUCCCAAAGGCCACGGAUAACAGCUUCAAAGCCAAAAUGUAUGACAACCACAUCGGCAAGUCGGCUAACUUCCAAAAGCCACGGCCUGACAAGAAGCGCAAGUAUGAGGCCCACUUUGAGCUGGUGCACUACGCCGGCGUGGUACCAUACAAUAUUUGUGGCUGGCUGGACAAAAACAAAGACCCCCUUAAUGAAACAGUGGUGGCAUGUUUCCAGAAGUCAUCCGGCAAGCUCUUGGCCAGCUUGUAUGAGAACUACGUUGGCUCUGAUGCAGUGGCCGACCACAAACCAGGAAUAAAGGAGAAGAGAAAGAAAGCGGCAUCCUUCCAGACUGUGUCCCAGCUACACAAGGAGAACCUGAACAAGCUGAUGACCAACCUGCGCAGCACCCAGCCUCACUUUGUGCGCUGCAUCAUCCCCAACGAGACCAAGACUCCAGGGGCCAUGGACCCUUUCCUGGUGCUGCACCAGCUGCGCUGUAACGGCGUGCUGGAGGGGAUCCGCAUCUGCAGGAAGGGCUUCCCCAACCGCAUCCUGUACGCAGAGUUCAAACAGCGAUACCGCAUUCUGAAUCCCCAGGCCAUCCCAGAUGAUAAAUUUGUGGAUAGUAGGAAGGCGGCCGAGAAGCUGCUGAGCUCUCUGGACAUCGACCACAACCAGUACAAGUUUGGCCACACCAAGGUGUUCUUCAAGGCAGGCCUGCUGGGGCAGCUAGAGGAGAUGAGGGACGAGCGUCUGGCCAAAGUCCUGACCCUGCUGCAGGCCUUGAGCCGUGGCAAGAUCAUGAGGAUGGAGCUGCAGAAGAUGAUGGAGAGAAAGGAGGCACUGAUGAUCAUACAGUGGAACAUCCGUGCCUUUAACGCAGUGAAACACUGGCCCUGGAUGAAGCUCUUCUUCAAGAUCAAGCCCCUGCUGAGGAGCGCCACCACCGAGAAGGAGCUUGCCAGCCUGAAGGAGGAGUUCCUCAAGCUGAAAGAGGCGCUGGAGAAGUCUGAGGCCAAGCGCAAGGAGCUGGAGGAGAAGCAGGUCACUCUGAUCCAAGAGAAGAAUGACCUGUCCCUGCAGCUCCAGGCCGAGCAAGAUAACCUAGCAGACGCAGAGGACCGAUGUGACCUGCUGAUCAAAACCAAGAUCCAGCUGGAGGCCAAAGUGAAGGAGUUGAUGGAGCGGCUGGAGGACGAGGAGGAGAUGAAUGCCAGCAUCCUCGCCAAGAAGCGGAAGCUGGAGGACGAGUGCGCUGAGCUGAAGAAGGACAUUGAUGACCUGGAGAUCACGCUGGCUAAGGUGGAGAAGGAGAAGCACGCCACCGAAAAUAAGGUGAAGAACCUGAUUGAGGAGAUGGCAGCUCUGGAUGAGACCAUCCUGAAGCUGACCAAGGAGAAGAAGGCCCUGCAGGAGGCUCACCAGCAGACACUGGAUGACCUUCAGGCCGAGGAGGACAAGGUCAACACACUGACCAAAGCCAAGGCCAAGCUGGAGCAACAAGUGGAUGACCUGGAAGGCUCCCUGGAACAGGAGAAGAAGUUGCGUUUGGACCUGGAACGAGCCAAGCGCAAGCUGGAGGGGGAUCUCAAACUGUCCAUGGAGUCUGUCAUGGACUUGGAAAAUGAUAAGCAGCAACUGGAAGAGAAACUGAAAAAGAAAGACUUUGAAAUGAAUCAGAUCAGCUCCAAGGUUGAAGAUGAGCAGGCAUUGGUGAUUCAACUACAGAAGAAAAUCAAAGAGUUACAGGCGCGCACAGAGGAGCUGGAGGAGGAGCUGGAAGCAGAAAGGGCAUCGCGGGCAAAGGUGGAGAAGCAGCGGGGUGACGUAGCGCGGGAGCUGGAGGAGCUGAGUGAGCGGCUGGAGGAGGCGGGCGGGGCCACCUCCGCCCAAAUCGAGAUGAACAAGAAGAGGGAGGCCGACUUCCUGAAGCUGCGGCGGGACCUGGAGGAGGCCAUGCUGCACCACGAGGCCACGGCCGCCGCCCUGCGGAAGAAGCACGCGGACAGCGUGGCCGAGCUGGGCGAGCAGAUCGACAGCCUGCAGCGGGUCAAGCAGAAACUGGAGAAGGAGAGGAGCGAGGCCAAGAUGGAGGCCGACGACCUGGCCUCCAACCUGGAGCAGCUCUCCAAGAGCAAGGCUAACUCUGAGAAGAUGUGCCGGAUGUACGAGGACCAGCUGAGCGAGUCCAAAGCCAAGGUGGAGGAGCUCCAGAGGCAGCUGAAUGAAGUCACCUCACAGCGAGCCAGAGCCCAGGCAGAGAGUGGUGAGCUGGGCAGGAAACUGGAGGAGCGUGAGGCUCUGGUCACCCAGCUGCAACGCACCAAGAACUCCUUCUCCCAGAAUGCAGAGGAGCUCAAGAAGCAGCUGGAGGAAGAGAACAAGGCAAAGAACGCCCUGGCUCACGCGCUGCAGUCCUCCAGACAUGACUGUGACCUGCUGAGGGAGCAGUACGAGGAGGAGCAGGAGGCCAAGUCAGAGCUCCAGCGUGCUCUGUCCAAGGCUAAUGCUGAGGUGGCUCAGUGGAGGACCAAGUAUGAAACUGACGCCAUCCAGAGGACUGAGGAGCUUGAGGAGGCCAAGAAGAAGCUGGUGACACGCCUGCAGGACGCAGAGGAAGCUGUGGAGGCCGCCAACGCCAAGUGCUCCUCGCUGGAGAAGACCAAGCACCGGCUGCAGACGGAGAUCGAGGACCUGGUGGUGGACCUGGAGCGGUCCAACUCCGCCGCCGCCGCCCUGGACAAAAAGCAGCGCAACUUCGACAAGGUGCUGGCCGAGUGGAAGCAAAAGUUCGAGGAGACGCAGUCGGAGCUGGAGUCCUCGCAGAAGGAGUCCCGCGGCUUGAGCACCGAGCUCUUCAAGCUGAAGAACGCCUACGAGGAGGCGCUCGACCACCUGGAGACCGUCAAGCGGGAGAACAAGAACCUCCAAGAGGAGAUUGCCGAUCUGACGGACCAGAUCAGCCAGGGCGGGAAGAUGAUCCACGAGUUGGAGAAGAUCAAGAAGGGGCUGGAUCAGGAGAAGAGCGAAAUCCAGGCUGCGCUGGAGGAGGCUGAGGGCACUCUGGAGCAUGAGGAGAGCAAGACCAUGCGCAUCCAGUUGGAGCUCAACCAGAUCAAGGCCGAGAUCGACAGGAAGCUGGCGGAGAAGGACGAGGAGAUUGACAACCUCCGCCGGAACCACCAGCGUGCCCUGGAGUCCAUGCAGGCCACUCUUGAUGCAGAGGCCAAGUCCCGCAACGAGGCCAUCAGGCUGAAGAAGAAGAUGGAGGGCGAUCUGAACGAGAUGGAGAUCCAGCUGAACCACGCCAACCGCCAGGCCACCGAGUCGCAGAAGCUGGUGCGCCACCUGCAGGCCCAGAUUAAGGACCUGCAGAUCGAGCUGGACGAGACGGUCCACCAGAACGAGGAGCUGAAGGAGCAGACGGCGGUGACGGAGCGGAGGAACAACCUGCUGACGGCGGAGGUGGAGGAGCUGAGGGGCCUGCUGGAGCAGAAUGACCGCGCCCGCAAGCUAGCCGAGCACGAGCUGCUGGAGGCUACCGAGAGGGUCAACCUGCUGCACUCACAGAACACAGGUCUGAUCAACCAGAAGAAGAAGCUGGAGGCUGAUCUGUCCAUGCUGUCAGGGGAGGUGGAUGAAGCUGUGCAGGAGUGCCGCAACGCUGAGGAAAAGGCCAAGAAGGCCAUCACGGAUGCGGCCAUGAUGGCAGAGGAGCUGAAGAAGGAACAGGACACUAGUGCUCACCUAGAGAGGAUGAAGAAGAACAUGGAGCAGACCAUCAAGGACCUGCAGAUGCGCCUGGACGAGGCUGAGCAGAUUGCCCUCAAGGGCGGCAAGAAGCAGAUCCAGAAACUGGAGAGCCGGGUGAAGGAGCUAGAGAACGAGCUUGAGUGUGAGCAGAAGAAAAGCAAUGAAUUCCAGAAGGGAGUGCGCAAGUACGAGAGGAGGAUCAAAGAGCUCACCUACCAGACAGAGGAGGACCGCAAGAACCUGGCACGUCUGCAGGAGCUCAUUGACAAGCUGCAGUCCAAGGUGAAGAGCUACAAACGGCAAACUGAGGAGGCGGAGGAGCAGGCCAACUCCAACCUGUCCAAGUACAGGAAGAUCCAGCACGAGCUGGACGAUGCAGAGGAGCGUGCCGAGAUGGCCGAGACGCAGGUCAACAAGCUGCGUAUUCGCACUCGGGACCAAGGGGGAAAGCUGGCAGAAUGAAAAGGAAAACGUCAAACAGCAGGCUGCUACCAGAAAGCACACCCAGGAAGCUGCA